AACACCACCGACAUGCAGCGGCGGUGUGUGUCGUUCCUCGACGCGACGUCGGGGGCGGCGUACUUGCGCUCUCAAGUGCGGGUUGAGCUCUCCUCGGCAUAUAACCGCAAGGUCCAUCCUUCCAUGGCGCUGGAGCAGAGUAUUCACGAUACAUGGGAAACCAAACUCGCCGCGAAUCCUCAACUCUUCAACGGGACGAAGUUCAGACUGUCCGAGUUCGCUGCGACGCCAACAGAGCUCCACAUGAAGUGGGGUCUCACAGAUUACAAGACGUACUUGGGUCUGUGCUCGCGUUGCGACGUCGUGAGCACGCUCGGAACGCCAACCCACCCAGACGUGUCCAUGUACUUGUCCAACAAAAUCGGCGUGGCCGCCGCGCUUGUGACGGCAGAUGACAAGUUGUGCUUUUUGAAGAGGAGCGCCACCGUCGGCGCGUACCCGAACCUACUGGACGUGCCAGGCGGCCAUCCCGAACCCACGCACAUCGAUAUCGACUGGCGCUCCCUUCCCACCGUGCCCGAUGGUGCCACGAACGACCGUUGCGUCGACGAGUUCUUUGACUCGAUCACGACAGAGAUAUGCGAAGAAGUCAACGUUCCGUUGGCCACGUUGUCCCCGCCGCGGCUGCUAGGCGUGACCAUGCAGGGAAAAGCUGCCACACCAAGCUUCGCGUUUCUCGUGCAGUGCAGUCUGGACGCCGCCGCGGUCGCGGGCUGUUACGACCAAGGGCCAGUAGAUCAAUACGAAGCAACCAAGCUGAUCUUUCAGUCGACACAAAACGUGGUCAACUCGUGGAGGUCUGUUCUUGAUGUGGUGGCAGACGCCAAGCUCAUCUUGUACCGUCCUAGGUCGGUGGGCUUGACGCCGUCAGCGGCUGGGUGCAUCGAGCUGCUGGGACGCUAUUUGGAGUACGACCACGUAGCAUAAACCAUAGGCACGUCGAGCGGGGCUCAGAACUGCAGUUUGUACGUCAAUCCACGUGUCCAUCGUGCCAUCACAAGCAUG